CCCACAGCCGAGCGCCGAGAGCGAGCCGGCCGGCUGACAGCGUCCGGGGCCGGGCCUGCGGUGGCGGCGGGCGACCAGGACAGCGCCCGGGCGAGGACUAAACCGGCUCGAGAACCGGGGCCGGGGGCGCCCGGAGGACGGUCCUGCUCCACUGGGCUCCCGGGGUCACCGCGCCCAAGCUGCCGGGCGCCCCGUGGGCGUGUGAAUCGUUGGCGGGGGCCCUGGCGCGGCGGUAGUGCUACGGGGUGGAGUCUUCCCUCGCCCCUUCCCCAAAGCCCACCGCGCUCUCCCCGUCUCCUCUCCGUUCCUUGAAGAGUGGAAUUCUAAUGAAUCAUUGAUUGACCAGCACCAUUUUACCAGUUGGAAUGAGUUAUCAGAAAUGGGCAUAGUGCUUUUAGAUCCAACAUGUAACAGAUGGCGAUUACUUCUUCAAGCCAACACCUUUUUUGAUUGUGUAGGAUUUUUGUCUCUUCACCUUUGAAUUCCAGUUUCUGUUGUUGGCAAAUAAAAGGAGUUCAUGUAGUUUUUGCCCAAGCUUGAGUCACCAUGAGUAGUAGUUUAGGAAAAGAAAAAGACUCUAAAGAGAAAGAUCCCAAAGCACCAUCAGCCAAGGAAAGAGAAAAGGAGGCAAAAGCCUCUGGAGGUUUUGGGAAAGAGAGCAAAGAAAAAGAACCUAAGACCAAAGGGAAAGAUGCCAAAGAUGGAAAGAAGGACUCCAGUGCUGCCCAACCAGGGGUGGCGUUUUCAGUUGAUAAUACGAUCAAACGGCCAAAUCCAGCACCUGGGACUAGAAAGAAAUCUAGCAAUGCAGAGGUGAUUAAAGAGCUCAACAAAUGCCGGGAAGAGAACUCAAUGCGUUUGGACUUAUCCAAGAGGUCUAUACACAUAUUGCCAUCAUCAAUCAAAGAGUUGACUCAAUUAACAGAACUUUAUUUAUAUAGCAACAAAUUACAGUCCCUCCCAGCAGAAGUGGGCUGUCUAGUAAAUCUCAUGACACUUGCUCUAAGUGAAAAUUCACUUACCAGUUUGCCUGACUCUCUUGAUAACUUGAAGAAGCUGCGGAUGCUUGAUUUACGGCAUAAUAAACUGAGAGAAAUUCCUUCAGUGGUGUAUAGGCUGGAUUCUCUUACCACUCUUUACCUUCGCUUUAAUCGAAUAACUACUGUGGAAAAAGACAUCAAAAACCUGUCAAAACUCAGCAUGCUUAGCAUUCGAGAGAACAAAAUCAAACAACUACCUGCUGAAAUUGGUGAAUUAUGUAACCUCAUUACGCUGGAUGUAGCUCACAAUCAACUUGAACACCUUCCAAAGGAGAUUGGAAACUGCACACAGAUAACCAACCUUGACUUGCAGCACAAUGAAUUGCUAGACCUCCCAGAUACUAUAGGAAACCUGUCCAGUUUAAGUCGUCUUGGUCUGAGAUACAACAGACUGUCAGCAAUACCCAGAUCAUUGGCAAAAUGCAGUGCACUUGAAGAAUUAAAUUUAGAGAACAAUAACAUUUCUACUUUACCAGAGAGUCUUUUAUCAAGUCUUGUGAAACUGAAUAGUUUGACCUUAGCUAGAAACUGCUUCCAGUUAUAUCCAGUAGGUGGUCCAUCUCAGUUUUCCACCAUCUAUUCCCUCAACAUGGAACACAAUCGAAUCAACAAAAUCCCAUUUGGAAUUUUCUCCAGAGCAAAAGUAUUAAGUAAGCUGAAUAUGAAGGACAAUCAGUUGACAUCACUUCCCUUGGAUUUUGGAACUUGGACCAGUAUGGUAGAAUUGAAUUUAGCUACAAAUCAGCUCACAAAGAUCCCUGAGGAUGUGUCUGGUCUUGUUUCUCUUGAGGUUCUGAUAUUAUCAAACAAUCUUCUAAAGAAGCUUCCCCAUGGUCUUGGAAACCUUAGGAAGUUAAGAGAGUUGGAUCUAGAGGAGAACAAAUUAGAAUCCUUGCCAAAUGAAAUUGCUUAUCUUAAGGAUUUACAGAAAUUAGUCUUGACAAACAACCAAUUAACCACUCUUCCGAGAGGCAUUGGUCACCUUACCAAUCUUACACAUCUAGGCCUUGGAGAGAACCUACUUACUCAUCUUCCUGAGGAAAUUGGUACACUGGAGAAUCUAGAAGAGCUGUAUUUGAAUGACAACCCCAACCUGCAUAGCCUUCCCUUUGAGCUGGCUCUUUGCAGCAAGCUUUCAAUCAUGAGUAUUGAGAACUGUCCACUCAGCCAUCUUCCACCUCAGAUUGUUGCUGGGGGUCCUUCUUUCAUCAUUCAGUUCCUAAAGAUGCAGGGUCCAUAUCGUGCCAUGGUCUGAUACAAAUCUGCUGGUCCCACACACUGUUCGAAAAUAGACUGCCAUUAAUGUUUCAUAUCUAUAUCUGUAUCUAUUUAUGUAGAUAUUGAUAUAUUUGGCAGAUUUAUAAAGACUGCGUUAUGUGUUUCUGCUAAUAGAGGAAUCAUAGCCAUUUAGAUUUUUUUAAAUUCUGUACAAAAGGCUUAUAUAAGUUUUCUUUGCUGAAC